GUGAAGGAGGACUCAGAAGUUACCGUCAUAGGAGAAGCUUCACCAAGAGGCUCAACAGAGCAGCUUUCCAGGCGGGAUGGUCGUACGAAAGGACACGAAAAGAUGCUGAUCCGAACUGAUGCUGCAGCUUCACCUCAUCAUCGCUAACACGGGAUCCUCCUGUAACUUUUACCGUGUUGAAGUAAAUCUCAGCUGAUUGCUGCGUUAUUCUUUCCGGUUUGGUUAGUUACUGUCCGCCUGCCAUGUGUGGUCCAGCAGUCCACAGUGCGCUCUUUCUGUGCGCCUUCCUCCAGAUGUUCUCCCUGCUCGGCGGACAGGUGCCAAACUGCCAGGAGGUGCGCACUGUGUUUCACUCUCUGCAUCCUGGCUCCAAGUGGGUUCCCGAAAACCCGGUGUCAGGUGCUGAUCUGCAGGUUUGCCAAUCCAAAGGCCAGAGCUGCUGUUCGAAGAAGAUGGAGGAGCGCUACCAGGUAGCUGCUCGCAGCAACAUGGAGUCUGGUCUGCAGGUUGUCAGUGCUCAACUUAAACGUCUGAUCAUUCAGAAUGCUGCAAUAUUCCAAGACGUAUUCCUCCACAAAGUGACAGCCUCCUGA